AUGGAGCAAAGGAACACAGACACUCGUGUGGAUGCAAAUCCAAAUCCCACUCACAAAGAAUCACAGCCUUUGAAAAAGAAGCGCGGCCGAAAAAGUAAAAAGGUGAAGGAGGACAUGGAAAAGAAGAAAAUUUUAGAUACUACUGCCGUGGAGGGUGGGGUUUCCGAGCAGCGACCAAGUAGAAAAAGAAAGAAUGAUGAUGGAAAUUGUGAGUUUGAAAUGUCUGGCGCUGACAAACCAUAUGGUCUUAGGGGUCGUAAACAGGAGAUGAUACCAAAAGUCAUCAAGAAAAGGGCUAAGGAGGAUAUUGCUGAGGCAUGUCCAGUGUGCCGUGGUAAUUGCAAUUGCAAAGCUUGCCUGAGCUCUGAUGAACUUAUUAAUCAAAUGAAGAAAAAUGCAAUCAGUGAUAAAGACGAGAAGGUUGAACUCUCUAUGUAUUUGCUGCAAGUACUUCUUCCGUUUUUAAAGCAACUGGAUGAAGAACAGAUGAUUGAGACUGAGACAGAAGCUAAGAUACAAGGGCUCUCAGUCUCCGAGCUAAAUAUAGUUAAGGCAGAUUUCUCUUUAGAAGAGCGUGUGUACUGUGACAACUGCAAAACGUCAAUAUUCGAUUACCACAGAAGCUGCAGAAAAUGCUCUUUGGACUUUUGUCUUAUCUGUUGCCGCGAGCUACGUAGUGGUCAGCUUGUAGGUGGUGCAGAUCCAAUCGAGUUCAAGUUUGUUUGGCAAGGUCGUGGUUACUUGCAUGCUGAAAAAGCAAUUGAAGAGGUAAAACUAAUUGCAUCAGAUGCUGAUGCUAAGCCUGAGGUUCAUGAAUGGUCAAGAUCUGGGUGGCAUGCACAUAGUAAUGGUAGCAUUCCUUGUCCAAAAGUCAGUGAUGAAUGUGACCAUGGUUUUCUUGAACUGAGAAGCAUAUUGGGCCAACAUUUUAUAUCUGAGUUAGUUUGUAAAGGAAAAGAACUAGUGCAAGCAUACAAGAUUCAAGAUGUAGUUAAGACUCCUGAUGACUUCUGUUCAUGUUUGAGGCUUGAUAGAAACACAGAUGUUAGAUAUAAUAAUAAGAGGAAGGCUGCUUCUCGUGCAAAUUUGGCUGACAACUAUUUAUACUGUCCUCGGGCUGUAGAUCUACAGGACAAGGAUUUAAAGCAUUUUCAGUGGCAUUGGGAAAAGGGGGAGCCUGUCAUUGUCAGCAAUGUGCUUGAAUGUACUUCUGGUUUAAGCUGGGAACCACUUGUCAUGUGGCGUGCAUUACGUCAUGUAACAAAUACUAAGCGGGGUCAGCAUUUGGAUGUGGAAACUAUUGAUUGCUUAGAUUGGUGUCAGGGGGAAAUCAAUAUCCACCAAUUCUUUACUGGUUAUACAGAAGGUCGUAUGGAUUGGCUUUCUUGGCCUCAGAUAUUGAAAUUAAAAGAUUGGCCUCCUUCUAAUUUAUUUGAGGAACAGUUGCCUCGUCAUUGUGCUGAGUUCAUAUCGUCCUUACCCUUCAAGGAAUAUACUGAUCCUCAUAGAGGUGCUCUUAACCUUGCUGUGAAGUUGCCUAAUAAUUGUCUAAAGCCAGACAUGGGGCCAAAGUCUUAUAUUGCUUAUGGAUUUCCCCAGGAGCUUGGGCGUGGUGAUUCAGUGACUAAGCUCCAUUGUGAUAUGUCUGAUGCAGUAAAUGUGUUGACUCAUAUUGCUGAAGUGAAAUUGAAUUCUAAGCAACUUACUGCUAUUGAGAAGUUGAAACAAAAGCACUUUGAGCAAGACAAAAGGGAGUUAUUUGGUGGUUAUCAGGAUGGAGAAACUAAUGCUGACAUACUUAAUAAUUCAUCUUCUACCAUAAAUGCUUUGGACAAACAAAAUUGUGUUCAAGGCAUGGAAUACGAAGGUGGAUUAUGUGAUAGGAAAGAAGUUGAUCUGUUUCAUCAAUCUGGUAAUAAUGAGAUUGUCAUUGCCGAAGAGAAUGGUCUUUUAUGUGGAUCAGAAGUCAAAGAGGUUGGCAAAGUAGAAAUAAAACUAGAAAAUGAUUUGGUAUUUGGGGGUGAUGCUUCAGAAGGUGCACUCUGGGAUAUUUUUCGGAGGCAGGAUGUAUCAAAAUUGCAAGAAUAUCUGAAGAAGCAUUUCCGAGAGUUCAGGCAUAUCCAUUGCUGUCCUUUAAAGCAGGUUAUUCACCCCAUUCAUGACCAGACUUUCUAUCUUACUAUGGAGCAUAAGAGGAAGCUUAAGGAGGAGUAUGGAAUUGAGCCCUGGACUUUUAUUCAGAAGUUAGGAGAUGCAGUUUUUAUUCCAGCUGGUUGUCCUCACCAAGUCAGAAAUCUGAAGUCAUGUAUCAAGGUUGCGAUGGAUUUUGUGUCCCCUGAAAAUGUUGGGGAGUGCUUUCGUUUGACAGAGGAAUUUCGCACACUUCCAAUAAAUCACAAGUCCAUAGAGGACAAAUUGGAGGUGAAGAAAAUAGCAGUAUUUGCAAUGAAAGAUGUGGUUGGAAAGUUGGAGAAAGCAAGAAUGCAUAGUUUCCAGCUUUCUAAUGAGUAG